AUGGAUGAGCAUAUAGAAAUCGACAAAAUUGAGAAAAAAGCUCUCAAUUCUCAACGUGAAGGUGAUGAUUACCUUGAAAACAGAAGUGACGUCUCCCGUGAUGUAUGGGCACGAAAGGUGGAAUAUCUGCUGGCUCUAAUCGGUUUCUCUGUGGGGUUAGGCGUGGUAUGGCGGUUUCCUUACCUCUGUAUGAGGAAUGGAGGAGGUGCUUUCCUGAUUCCGUUUUUCAUUUUUAUGUUCAUCUGUGGAUUUCCACUUUAUUUCAUGGAAUUAAGUCUUGGACAGUUUUCCGGGAAAAGUCCAUUGGUACUGUGGUGCAUUUGUCCUCUAUUUCAAGGUUUAGGGUUUUGUAUGGUAACGAUUUCGUUCAUAAUAACCUUGUACUAUGGUCUAGUAGUGGCUUGGAUUCUCUGUUACCUGUUCUACUCUUUCUAUCCGACGUUACCCUGGGCUUCAUGUGAUAAUGCGUGGAACUCCGAUAGCUGUGUCGUUCUUCGUUCAGCGAACCCGACAAAUUCGUCAGGUUUCAAAACCCCGAAUAGAAGCGAAUUCCUGAAUACAUCAUAUGUAGUAUCGGAGCCCAUCAGUAUCAAUGCAUCGUCUUCUCAGGAUGUAAACACGGACUUCUAUCCAACCGCAGCAACAGAAUUUUGGAGAUACCAAAUUCUCGGUAUAUCAUCUGGCAUUGAUGUUAUCGGUACACCACAAUGGCAUCUCGUCCUUGCUUUGUUCCUCGCGACAUUUGUGACCUUCCUGUGUGUUGUCAAGGGAGUGAGGUCAGUUGGUAAGGUGGCGUACGUCACAUCCUUACUACCCUAUGUCCUCCUAACCGUCAUCCUGAUUCGGAGUCUGACGCUGGAAGGAUCACUAACGGGAGUUUUAUAUUAUAUAAAACCGGACUUCUCCCGACUUUUAACUACAAAGGUAUGGUUUGAGGCGGCGCUGCAAGUGUUUUAUUCAUUAGGACCAGCCUAUGGUGGGGUGAUUACCAUGGCUAGCUAUAACAAGUUUCACAACAGGUGUUUAGGUGAUGCGGCCUUAUGCACCGCGGUGGAUUGUUUCAGCAACUUUUAUUGUGGCUUUGUUGUGUUCAGUAUUCUCGGAUUUCUUGCUCAUGAAUCCGGAUUAUCGGUUGAGGACGUUGCAGAAGGAGGGCCUGGUCUAGUUUUUCAGGUCUAUCCUGAGGCUUUAUCCAGAAUGCCUUUACCUCACCUUUGGUCCAUCCUUUUCUUCGUGAUGCUCUUCGCUGUAGGUUUGGAUAGCCAGUUUGGACAAGUGGAAACCAUCAUUGGAGGAUUGCGGGAUAUGUACCCAGGCUCGUUUGGGAAAAGAAAAAACCUUUCGCUUCUGAUUGUAUUCUGUGUCGUUUUCCUUUUAAGUCUGAUUUUUGCUACACCGGGAGGAGUUUUUGUGUUUACAUUGGUUGAUUGGUAUUCCAGUGCUUACUGCAUCUUCCUGACAUCUUGUUUUGAAUGCAUUGUAGUUGGAUGGAUAUACGGUGCAGAACGAUUCAGCAGAGACGUGGAAGUAAUGACUGGUAGAAGAGUUCCAUCUGCCAUACGUAUAUCAUGGUGCAUAGUUACACCCCUAGCCACCUUUAUUGCGUUUCUUGCAAGUCUAUUAUCAUUGGAAAUCCCGCGAUAUAGUGAGUACAUCUUCCCAAGCUAUACGCAGGUUUUAGGAGUUUUUAUAGCACUACUUGCCGUGAUGCCAAUCCCUGUGAUAGCCCUGAAAGGUAUUCUACGGGCUGAAGGUCCCAUAAGAACGAGAUUGACCAAUACGUUAAGACCAAAUAACCAAUGGAUACCAAAUGAUACUGUUGCUCAAUUGACCUACGAGGAGUAUUACACUAAACCUGUAAGAGGUAUCAACAUGAACCUUCAUCAGGUAGAUAAAUCUCCACAUGGCAAAGUUUUAGAAAUUGAAGAGUGUUGCUUCUUCUGUGCUGAAGAUGGAAGCAAGAAGGACCUUAGCGUAGCAAGCAUUGAUAGGAUACAGACUAUCAUUGAAUCAAGGAUAGCAGACCGAGGUGAGGGGAGGAAGAUUGAUAAGGAAACCCUUCUAGAUAUCUGCAGAUCUCGUAAGGACAACUGGGGACGCGCAGAAGAGACACGUUUGGCUGAGGCACUGAGUGAUCUGCAUGCAGCCGAUGGAAGAUACCACAUAGACUGCUACAAGAAGUGCUGCUGUGACACUGUCGCUCAGUGCUUCGGAAUAGGAAAAAACACAGUCAUCAAAGUUCUCAACAAUAAUAUAGCACUGCAGAAAUUGGGUGUACUAUCUGAGGACAUGGAUGACAUAACUCAAGAAGCAAAAGCAUUCAUGGCUGAAUGCUACGGGAUCAAAGUCUCGGUCACGUUGAACAUGACUGAGGCCCGGGGAGAGAGUUCUGGUCAAGAAGGAUGGGCAGAAAAAACGUAA